AUGAGAAAUCACACACUGCUAGCUGAGUUCAUCCUACUGGGGAUACCACACACAGAAGGGCUGGAGCCUGUGCUCUGUGCCACCUUCUCUAUCAUCUACCUCUUCACACUGCUGGGAAACUUACUUAUUUUUACCGCGAUCACUUCUUCUUCUACCCUUCACACCCCCAUGUACUUUUUUUUGGGCUUUCUAUCUAUUUUUGACAUGUUGUUCCCAUCUGUUACCUGUCCCAAGAUGCUACUGUAUCUCUCCGGCCAGAGCCGAGCCAUCUCUUAUGAGGGAUGUGCUGCACAACUCUUCUUCUACCAUUUUCUGGGCUCCACUGAAGGCUGCCUCAAUUCUGUGAUGGCUUAUGAUCGCUUUGUUGCCAUCUGUCACCCACUGAGGUACAAGCUCAUCAUGAAACCUGAAGUUUGCAUUACACUAGUCACAGUAUCCUUCAUGAUAGGCUGUCUUCAUGCCACCACACUGACCUCCUUCACCUUUCAGUUAACCUACUGUGGCCCCAGAGAGGUGGACCACUUCUUCUGUGAUAUUCCUGCGGUUUUACCACUGGCUUGUAAUGACAGCUCCCUGGCCCAGAGAGUGGGUUCUGUAAAUGUUGGCCUUCUGGCUUUAAUGCUUUUAUUUAGUGUUUGUGUCUCCUACACACACAUCGGGGUUGCCAUUCUGAGGAUCUGUUCAAUCGAGGGCAGGCAGAAAGCGUUCUCUACCUGCAGCGCCCACCUCACCGCAAUCCUCUGUGCCUAUGGACCUGUGAUCAUCAUCUAUCUGCAGCACACUCCCAACCCCCUGCUUGGUGCUGAGGUGCAGAUAUUAAAUAACAUUGUCUCUCCCAUGCUGAACUCAAUGAUCUACUCCUUAAGGAACAAGCAAGUGAUAAACUCUCUAAAGAAGAUACUCCAGAGUUCUCAUCCGUUGUGA